AUGCCUCAAAACAGUGUAGGUAGAGGUAGCGAGGGCCUACGCACCAAGCAGUAUCUCCACAGUUCGCCAGACAAGUUGAACCUGCUGCGGCUGGAUUUGCUGAGUCUUGUGAAUACCAAGAACGUGGAAGGAGCAAGAAUCUCGGAUCCCCUCGGCCAGUCCAGAAACACCAACGACAGAGCACGCGAGUCCACCAGCAACCGACUUGGCCGUGAUGAAAUUGUCGCAGAAGAUUUUUCUCAUUCGAAGUUGUUGCAGAAGGAUCGAAUCGCCGAGUCGACAGGACAACCAAGUUGCACGCACGUGGGUGCGUGGAUGUAUAUCAUCGUUGGGCGACUGCGGGAUUUGAUGGAGUUUGAUCGACUUGGCGCUGACCGGGGUGGAUUUCUGGGCAGGUGGGCUUGUCCAGGGCAAGGCUUCGGCGGUACCGAUGGGGAGGAUCGUGGACGUGGUCGUGGAGUGGUGUUGGCAAGACGAGUGGAAGAGACGGCGAGAUGGUCUCUGCCGAGCAUGUACGAGGACGGCCUCGACGAGAUCGACACUCAACGAUCAGCAGUCGAAGCAGUUGAAGCAGGCGAAGCGAUACCAAUUCCAUGGCAUGCAGUUGGGUGGAUAGCCGUGGCGAUUCGUCGUUGGUCGAGCGUCGGUCGUGCCAACAUUGCCGGAUCAAGCUCUCUCGUCGAAGUUUGCCAUCCGCAGACAAGAUUUUCAAGACAACGGAUGCUCGCAUGUACAGCUACAACAGCUCUGGUCUUGGUGGUGUCGCACGACCUAUCUCCCGAUGGGCGUGGGCGUGGGUGGUCUCGUGUGACCGAGGCGGGUUGCCAGAACGCCGCAUUUGGCUUUCUGCGCCUCGAAUCCAGUCCCUGCUCGAUCGCCCGUUUCCAGAAGGAGCCUCCCCACCAGCCAGUAUCGAGCGAAUAUCAGUCGCUUCCUGCUGCUAACAGGCGACACAGCGCAUGCGAGAGGUGGCACGUCGCAUCGCAGGAAGCGAUACUGCAACCACAUCCCUCACACAACCGCCUCGAACCGGCCGUCCUUCAGCCCGCCAAGUCGUUUGUUUGCGCGAGAAUGGUAGAAAAAUGGAUCGACCUUCUCGAAGCGACGGUUCGCAGCCGGCCUGACACGAGGAGGGGAGGGAUCAUGUCUGGGCAUUCCGCAUCUCGCCAUAGCCGUGUCUGCGCCGAGCGCUGCACGAUUGAUCCAUUUCGCAGUGGGAAGCCAGUGUACAGCGCCGUCUGGGCGGAGUCGUGUUCGUUCGUUGGGUGCAAGAUGACAGUCUGGGCGCGGCCGGCGUGGUGCUCUCGAGCAAAGCUUCCUGCAUGCAGAAAGUCGUCCGUCGUGAGAGCUGAGAGGGAAGGUGCGAGGGAGAGGUGA